AUGGGUAGAUGGACGAGUAGACAAGAGGAAAAGUAUAGUAGCACUAGGACUGCAUGCAGCACCAGGAACAACUGCAGAAACUCCUGGCACGAACAUAGACUGUAGGAACAAUAGAUAGUAAAUACUGGAAAAUACAACAAAAUGUCAAACGUGAAAAGUCGUAAUCCUCUGGACGAGAUCGGGCUGAACCAGCUGUUUCGAGCAGACACCGUCGGCGAGGACGGGCAGUACGAAGAGGUUGACGAAGACGUGCUGGCAGAUAUGGUGGUACACGACCUGUCGUGUAUAAGUAAAACGCCUGCUCCCAGGCGACCCCAUACCUGGUAGGGUAGUAGAGAUCAAGCAUGUAGUACACUAGUACCAGUUGGUGAGCUUCUCCUAUGCGCGUUCAUUAUUUCGCGCAGCUUGCUGGGGCCGCCCAAAAGAAGCUUUUGCUAAAGAUCGUUCUGGUUCUUGAAAAUCAUAAUCCAAUGAAGAAGGAGAACCUGGCUAUAAAUAAAUGAAUUUUCUGACGUAGCCGCAGAAGUUAGUAGCUUGUCAUGCGCGACUCGCAGUCGCAGAGAGUCUCAAACUAAAGCUAAACUUGUGUAGCAUAGUUGAGUGUGCUACAUGUUGAGCACAACAGGGGUGUUUCGUCGGGGGUCGUUUUCACACGGGAUAGCUGAAGAAGACGGGUACUACGAUGAGGAUGCUUACGCUGAAGAAAAUCACCGUCAGUUGUGUCGUCGUCCUCAAUUUGAAAAAGAAAAAAUGCACCAUGCUUGCUAUAAUGAUAAUUAUUGCACCAUGCAGAAUGUACACUGCGUCGUCGGCAAGAAGUUUAUAAAUUUGCAUUCGUACUACACGAAUGGAUGCGGCAUACAAAUGGAGGGUCGUCCCGCUGCGACUGAUUUUCCCCUACGAUACCCGCCGUCUCUUUUCGACUAGACGAGGCGGGAACUACAACAACAGAACUAAUUCAAAACACCAACCCUCCUCUUCGCCGAACGUGACGAACAAUGGAUCUGAAGCUGGACCUAUCAAAUGUAAAAAUGUCUGGGUCUAGAAGAGUCAUGCUGUUUUUGCAUGACACAGCAGGUCUGGCAUGGAAGCUCUAGGAUCACAGGUUUCGACAAGCUUCCGCAAUGCUGAACCCGCACGAGAAAUCCCCCAUUUUGGUGACAGAAAGUGGGCAGCUUUUGCUACCUAUGCAUGAGAGGUUUUUCUGUGUUCUAAAAUGCGCAUCACAAGUUCAGAUCUUUCCAGACGCAGACAUUUUUGCAAUCCAUAGGACCAGGAUCUGGUGCGACAUCAACAAGCGGCGGCCAACCACAUCAAGCCGACACUAGAAGUAACGGCACGUCGGACGGAGCCGGCGGAGCGCCACCAGCAGUCUCAAAUCAUGUCGGCCUGCUCCCACCUUCCACCAACCACGAGAUCGUUACCUCCCCGCUGCGAGACCACCUACGGACGACCUUGGUGGACGGGUUCGGAGCCGGGAGUGCUGUUGGUGCUUAUGCAAUACAAAGUUUUUUUUACGUUUACUGCACACGUUCACGUACAAAGUGCAUGACAAAUGUUGCCAACUACUACCGGCGAAAGCUUGAGUAGACUUGUCAUACUGCAUUUUUUUGUUGCCCACGGCGAGAAAUUUUGUCAUGCAAUUAAGUAUGCCAGCACGUAUACUUCGUCUUCGUGUUCGGUAAAAAAACUCACUUUGGAUAGUGCUGUCAGAGGUGCAGCUACAAGCGGUGCUACUGGAGGUCCGGAUGGUACUUCUUUGGCUGGAGGAAAUGGCCCAGAUGGUGAUUUCAACUAUGCGGCGGCCCCGCUGGAGCUGCAGCUGUUUGACCAGUUUCGGCAGCACCAGCCUGUCAUAUCCGCUGCAAAUAGUCAAUGACUUGGUCAUACUGUGGAAGACUGCAGAGGAGAGCCAGAGGUUUAUCAUGCCCUGCUAGCAUUACUAAAGAGUUUGUUAUGGCACGUUACCCAAAAGCCCCCUCUUUCCUCUGUCAACAUGCAGAGCCGCACUUUGUCAUGCAGGGGAAAAGACAACACCUAGAAACUCAGAAACUUGUCAUGCUGACGAGCUGUCACUUGUGACGUCCUAUAGGAUUCGCCAACUACCAGCAGCACAAGUUUAUUCCAGACGACCCAGACACAUUUGCAUUUGAUACGUCAACGUCUCCGACGAAAUCGCCGCCAUGGCCGCGGACGCCGCGGUAAUGCAGCAAGACAAUGAGCAGGAGCAUCAAAAUCAAAUGAUGUCCUCUGCUGCCGGAGGUUCUUUCUACAAUAGUGCGCAGCAUCACAGUGGAGGCUCGCUUUCGACAAACCAACAACGCGAGCGGGACGAGCACGAGGUGGAGCAGGAACGGGCGGCCAUUGUGCAGGAGGCCUUGGAGAAACUACGCAGUGUGUUGAACAUGAGCAGUGUAUGAUCUUGUGUAAGAAAGUAUCGUAGUACUCGUAGCAGUUUUGCAAUCAUGUUCAUACAUGAUAAAUGUCCUUCCUGAGGAGCUGCAUUAGCAGUUGUCUUUGGCUUGACCACGCUGAGGAAAUUUGAUGUUGUAUGUGCAAUUCCCACUAGAACAAGCACGAUACUUUUACAAUGCAUACAGUGCUGUCUUGAGCAAGUCCAAAAUGAACCACACGCAGCAGCACCAACUGCAAGGUCAAGCUGGAGUUCCUCUGAGUAGCGCUGCUAAUCACGCGUCGGCUCCUGGAAGGACUUCAGAGCGUGCCGUGCCGUCUUUACCGUCGCGAGCCGCUAGCGGAAACAAGACCGGCGACG